AUGACGGAACCAACCUCGUCCUCAACGGACUUCGAACUACCCAGUAACCUCUCACUGGACAUGUUCACUAUAGAAAAGAAAAUAGGUAAAGGGAUGUUUAGCGAGGUAUUCGAAAUGGUUGACCAAAAAGCUCGACAGGACUGUUUGAAAGAGAUAGACCUAUUAAAACAGCUAAACCAUGUUAAUGUUAUAAGGUAUUAUGCUAGUUUCAUGGACAACAAUCAGUUGAAUAUCGUGCUGGAGCUUGCCGAAGCAGGCGAUAUGAGCAGAAUGAUCAAGCAUUUCAAGAAAAAUGGUCGAUUAAUACCGGAGAGGACAAUUUGGAAAUAUUUUGUGCAACUGGUUAGGGCGUUGGCUCAUAUGCAUUCGAAACGGAUAAUGCAUCGAGACAUCAAACCUGCAAACGUGUUCAUCACCUCUGAGGGAGUGGUGAAGCUGGGUGAUCUAGGACUAGGACGAUUUUUCAGCUCCAAGACAACUGCUGCACAUUCUCUCGUCGGCACUCCGUAUUAUAUGUCGCCUGAACGCAUUCAAGAAAGUGGCUACAAUUUCAAAUCGGAUUUGUGGUCAACUGGUUGUCUGUUGUAUGAAAUGGCAGCGCUACAAUCUCCGUUCUAUGGUGAUAAGCAGAAUCUAUACUCGUUAUGCAAGAAAAUAGAGAAUUGCGAAUAUCCUCCUCUUCCUGCAGACAUUUAUUCCUCACAGGUACGUUUGCACAUUUCAUUUCAUUCAUAA